AUGCAAAUCUCCCUUGUACCUGAAUGUUUAAAACUUGGCUUCCUUGAACAAUGUGCUGUUGCAUUAAUGCAUUGUUACAUGAGUAUACUCAUAAUACGUGACCGUUCAUCACCAAUGAAAGGUCAAGUAGAACACUGUCAAAUUGAUGCCCUUGAUAACAUAGCUGAUCUUUUACCAUUCCCAAAAUGUUGUGAAUUUAUGGCUGUCAUUCAACAAAAGCCCUCAGAAAAACACAAUGAAAUCAGAUCAAUAGUACGUUAUUCUGUCAGUGCUACUCAAAUUCUCAAUGCGAUAAUAUAUCUGAUUCAAAAUCAUAUUGGAUACAGCAAUAAACGAGUUUUACCAUUACGAAGUAUUGAAGAAAUAUUUCAAUGUAGAAAAGAAGAUUUAGCUCCUAUCAAAAUUAUUGAUUCAUAUGCUUAUAAUAAUUCCACAACAUCUUCACCAAUAAUCCUAGACUCAAAAGAAGAUUUUCUAUGGCCAUGGUAA